AUGAUAUUUAUUGGUAUUCUAAAGCUUUAUAAAUAGUAAGGGAAUCAUGUUCAGUCUGGGUAACCUAAAGACAACUUUCUUAAUUCACUUUUUAAGUUUUUAAGCCAAGUUACAAAGCCUAAGUCACACUACUUUGCAUUUGGCAGAGAGCAGCCGGUAACUAAAAGAAGCAGAAAAAAUGGAUGGAUUUGCUGGUGAGGCUGAGGUUACACGGCGCUGUGGCAAUCACCAUCCUACUGUUUGGGGAGACCAUUUUCUUGCCUAUUCUCAUCUCUCGGGAGCCAAUGAAUGGGAAAAGAAACAGCAUGAGCACCUAAAGGAAGAAGUGAGAAAAAUGCUAGUGAUGGCUCCUUCCAAAUCGUUGCAAAAUCUGGAUCUGAUAAACGCAAUCCAAUGUCUUGGAGUAGCGUACCAUUUUGAACAUGAGAUUGAGGAGUCACUGGCCUUUAUCUAUAGCUGUUAUGACCAAUUGAAUGGUGAAGCUGAUGAAACUGACCUUCAUACUGUUGCUCUGCGGUUUCGAUUACUUAGGCAACACGGUUAUUAUGUCUCAUCUGAUGUUUUUAGGAAAUUCACUGACGACCAAGGAAAUUACAAGAAAGCAUUGGUUGGCGACGUGCAAGGAUUGUUGAGCCUGUAUGAGGCAACACAAUUCAGAGUACACAGUGAAGAAAUACUAGGCGAAGCAGUUAAUUUCACCACCACUCAUUUGAAGCUAUUAUUGCCUACAUUGAGUAAUUCAUUCGCGAUGAAAAUCAGCAAUGCACUAAAAUAUCCAAUCAACUGUACUAUGGUGACAGCAGCAACGAGGAAAUACAUAUCGUUUUACCAAGAAGAUAAAGCACAUGAUGAUGUGUUGCUAAAUUUGGCAAAAUUGGACUAUAACAUAUUGCAGAAGAUGUAUAAAACUGAGCUAUGUGAUAUCACAAGGUGGUGGAAGGAAUUGGACUUCACGAAAGCAUUACCUUUUACAAGAGACAGAGUAGUUGAGUUGUACUUCUGGUCUUUGAGUGUGUACUUUGAGCCCCAGUAUAAGGUGGGGAGGAACAUACUAACCAAAGUGUUAUGCUUCAUUUCUAUUGCUGAUGAUAUCUAUGGUACAUAUGGAACAAUAGACGAACUCACUCUCCUAACAAAUGCAAUAGAAAGGUGGAACAUUGACGACAUUUCAGAAAAGUUACCAUCAUAUAUGAAGCUUUAUUACCUAGCUCUUCUAGAUGUUUACAGUGAAAUUGAGAAAGAAUUGGCAAAGGAAAACAAGUCAUUUCAACUCAAUUAUUCAAUAGCUGAGAUGAAAAAGCUAAUAAAGGCAUAUUUUCAAGAGGCCAAAUGGUAUCAUGGGAAUAACGUCCCAACUAUGGAGCAGUAUGUGAAAAAUGGAAUUCGAUCUAGCACUAUCCCAUGUCUUGUGACUCUCUCUUGGUUAGGCAUUGGAAAUGAAGCAACGAAGGAGGCACACGACUGGCUUGCAAGUGAACCUCCAAUUCUGGUUGCUUCCUCUAUCAUCGCUAGAUUAUCGAAUGAUAUUGUAUCACAUGAGAGAGAGCAAGAAGGAGGAGAUAUAUCAGGUGUCGUAUGUUACAUGAAUGAAUAUGGCGUCACAAAGGAAGAAGCAUACAUGGAGAUUAGGAAAAUAAUGGAUAAUAGUUGGAAGGAUUUGAAUCGAGAAUGCCUAAAACCUAUCGUUAUACCGAGGGUUUUACUCAUGCCAGUGCUCAACCUUGCUAGGAUGUCGGAGUUCUCAUACAAAGAUGAAGAUUCUUAUACUUUUUCCAAAAACAACUUGAAAGACAUCAUCUCUGAGGUGCUAGUUGAUCCCAUUACAAUGUGAAAACUUGAACAUUAAAGCUAAAAACAUAAAGCAAAUGGAAUUAAAAAAAACAAAUAUUGCAAUUCUCUAGAAUAUUUAUAUUUAUAUUUUUAUUUUAUUUCGGUUGAAAGAAGAAUACUAUGAUAUAUAUUUACUAUGUGUGAUUAUAUUUGUAAUAAAAGAAGUUCCUAAUAUAUCUGCCUCAACUGCUUCAAUGGCAAAUAGAGGAGGAACUUCAAAGUGAGCAAAAAGGUUGAGUAGCUGCUUCCAGCUCCAGGGGGAAAAAACAGGAGAAUGCUUAAAGUUGGGAUAAGCUGAAUGUAUUGGAAUUAAUAUCAUUUGGUUUCGUGUAAUUUGUUUAGUUGGUGGAGUUGAACUCUUUUUUAUACAUACAUCUUAUCAAUUUUGGACU